UUUUUUGACCUUUGACAAAUUCAAAAGCAAGAAAAUUGAAUUGAAAGAGGUAGCCAUAGUACUAGCUAGUUACAUCAUGUGACUAACAUAAAUACAACGUGCCCAAACACAAACGCCCCACCAAUCCACAACGUAAUCUGGAUAGAGAACACAAUCUCCACCCUCAUCCAAUUCCCUUCCUCCACGUGUCAUCCUAAAACCCUCACAGUCAUCCCCCCUACCUGUUCUAUGACCCAAAACCCAAAAAGAACGUCAAGACUUACCCCCCAAACACUCCUCAUUUUUUCUCCCAUUUUCUCUCCAAACAAACAGUGAGAGAGAGAAUAUGUGCAAUAAAGACACUCCGGGUCUCCAAACCGGCUCUAUGAUCAACAAGGGAACCGGCUCCGUCACCGUUAAACCCGCCCGGAAGACCAGAACCCGGACCCGAAAACCCAAGUUCCUCAGCCUCCGCCUCCAGCUCUCACCGGAAAACUCCCAGGAAUCCUCAGAAAUCACCCGCCACGGUCACCGCCGCCGGCGCAAUCAGCUCAACUUGUUCCCGCUCCACCCAGAGAACCUCGUCGAGGCCCACGACGAGAACGUGGCGGACCUCUUCUGCGCCGAUGGCGGCGCCACCCUCGCCGGCCUGCUUGGAGGGGGCGAUGGUGUUUCGUCGGAGGAGCUGUCGCCGUCGCUGUCGUACGGGUGCGGGGUGCAGGACAGCGGGGAGUACUGCGAGAGCGCGCUGUGGCGGACGGCGCUGAGGAGCAAGGAGAGGAGCGACGCCGGCGAGGAGAGGUGGGUCCGGUUCUCGGAGGUGGUGGAGGAGAAGAGGGAGGAGGAAGUGACGAGCUGCUCCGUGGGUGCAUGGUGCACUGCUGAUCUGGCGCAAGGGCUGUCGUUGAAGCUUGAUUAUGAUGAGAUCAUGAACGCUUGGUCUGAUAAGGGCCCACUUUAUGUGGAAUCGGACGGCCCACAGACGGUGCCGGAUGUCCAGGAUGCGCUCACACCCCGUGAUGCCGCCAACGUGGCGGCAGAAGGGUGGAGGGUGCCGGAAAAGGGGGAUGGCAUGGAGGAGGAAGGGAAGAAGAGGAAAGGAGGAGAGGGUUGGAAGAUGAAGAUGAAGAUGAUGGAGCAGAGGGAAGCCAGUGUCCUUAGAUACAAAGAAAAGAGGCAAAAUAGGCUUUUCUCGAAACGCAUUCGAUACGAAGUCCGAAAACUAAAUGCCGAAAAACGCCCUCGCAUGAAGGGUAGAUUUGUGAAGAGAAAUUGAGAGGUGUGGAAGAGAAGGGCUUGGUCUUCAGACUUCAGAGCUUUGGAUGAUGAAUAGGAAUUCCACCUUUUUUGGGGGGCUAAAAGAAAAAUAAAAAUCAUUCAAUGCUUAGAAUGCAAAUAUUGAAAAAAUAGGAAAUGUAUUGUUCACAUUCAAGUUUACCCUUAAACAAAAUCUAUGAUGCGUUUGGGAACA